AUGCCCAGGCGGGCAGCCGUCCAAUGCUGUGUUGUGCGUGGAAACGGCGACGACGGCAGCGGCGGCAGCGGCAGCGCCAGCGGCAGCGGCGGCAGCAGCAACGCAGCCCGCAGCUGGGUGCCUGCAGCAGUUCUGGAACGACUUCCCCAGAAGGCGCUGCGGGAAAUUGAUCAGAUCCACCUCCCACGCACUCUGGAGAAUAGGGUGCAGUUCGUCGCACCCCGCGAGCCGCCGCCCUCGCCGCAGCUGCUCUUGUACGCUGUCAAGGCUGCGGCGGCGGUUUGCCCAGGCCCCACGUACGGGGAGGACGCCCUGACAGUGGCAGAGGUGGUAUUUUUCGUAGUCAACGCAGUGCAGAAUUAUGAGGUGAAACAGCAGGACACGGCGGCUGGGCACGCGGGCGCGUCGACAGGCGAGGGGCCUGCCGCGCUGCACGCCCUGCAGCGGCUUGAGCUGCCGCUUCAGGGUCUCAACGCGCUGCUGCCGCGCGUCGAGAAGAUUGCCCGGCAUUGGGGCGAGACUUGGGACCAGCGAGAUGCGGAGGUGGCCGCGAAGGUGGCAGCCGCGCUAGUGCCCCUGCCCCACGGCUUGGACGACAUGGCGCGUGCGUCAGCAUUGGUUUACAUGAUCAUCAGAGCGCUCAAGGAGCAGCAGGAGGGGGAGGGCGCCGCGGGCGCGUCCCGCGUCGUCAUGUGGCGCGGCCGUGCAGCGCCUGAGGCCGACUUUACCUCCGACCAGAACCCCGCGCUGAUGGAAGAGCUGGAGGCGGCGCUGCGCGACUCAGACCUGCCUUGCAUACGGCAGGACAUGGCUGAGGCGCUGAACAGGGCAGCCGCGGCCACUGCGCCCACCUCAGCAGACUCGAGAAAUAUCGUGCUCAUGGCUGCCUCUCUGAUCAAAAAUCAGAGCACUGAGAGGGCGUGGCGCGCGGCGCGCGACGCCGAGGACGCGCGGUAUGUGGCGGACCAGCAGGCUGCUCGGCAGAAGCGGCGCGACGCUCUGCAUGCAAGGAUACGAAGGUGGAGGGGGGAGCACUCCAAGCUGCUCAAGCAGCUGCAGGCGUGCAGCGGCGACGAGGCGCGUGAGGCUGCGCUGAAAGACAAGCUGGAGGGUUACGACAGGGUGAUAGCCACCGCGCUCAAGGCGUUGGAGGGCGCCACUUGA